AUGGAUCCCAGGAUGGCGGGCCCCGCGGACCCCGCUUCUGAAGGUGAGCAACAGGGGGGCGAGGUCACAUCAUCUCGCGCAGGUGCUGCUCGCUUCUCUUGUCCACCCAACUUUGCUGCGAUGCCCCCGGCCUCAGAGCCUCCUCGGCUGUCUUUGGAGACAUUGAUGGCCCCAGAUACGGAACUGUGGCUCAUCCGGACCCCUGCGGACUUCACCCCAAACUGCCUCGAUGGGCGACUCGUUCCUCUGUGUGGCUCCCAGAUUGUGAAGGGAAAGGUGGCAGGCAAGCGGCACCGCUACCGGGUCCUCAGCACCAGCGGCCCCCAGAUGGGAGAAGCCACCCUGCUGGCCCCCUCAGUCCAGGCAGAUGGAGGACUGACCUGUGCGCCCACCCCCCAGGGCAGCCUAAGGAUCUUCGAGGGUCUCCAGAAUUCCUUGCCUGGGACCACUCUACAACCCAUUCCGGCCAGUCUCCCACCCCAGAUCCCCCCUGGCCUGAAGCCUCGGUUCUGUGCCUUUGCGGGCAGCCCCCCAGUCACGGGACCUGGGUCAGCUUUGUCCCCUAAAAAGCCAGCCUCUGGGAAGAAGAAAAAGAAGAGACAGGUGCCUGAGGCUUCAGUCCCUUGGGAACCAGUGAAUGGGAAUGGAGCUCAGGAGGUGAACACAAACUUGGGGUCCCCGGAGCAACCAGAGGGGGUGGAGCCCCUGGCAAUAGAGCCCCCGGGUGAGGUGCCAGAGGCUGUGGGGGUGCCCAGCCUGUCCACGACCAAGAAGAAGAAGAAGAAGAAGCUCAGAGGAACAGAAGUGAGCGAACUGUACAUGGGGCUGCCCGAGCCAGAUGUAAAGCCGGUGAAGUCAGAACCUGGGGUUCAGGCAGAGCCUCAGGAAGAGACAGCGCUAUCCCCCACCAAGAGGAAAAUGCAGAAGGGGGCGGAAGUGACAGAGCCCGUGGAGGGGACAGGAGGCACGUCUCCUCUACAGGUGAAGGUCGAGCCUCAAGACGAAGCCCUCCCGCUUCCCUCUGUGAAGAAGAGGAAGAAAGAAAAGAGGCAUAAAGAGAUGACCGAUUCCCAAGGCUGUGGAGGUGGAGGAGAGCCAGUUCCCGAGACUGUGGAGAUGGAGGGGAGACGUGUCCAGGAGGAGGGACCCGAGCCUGAGCUGCCAGGCGACGAGGCAGCGCUGGUGUGGACCAAAAAGAAGAAGAAGAAAGAGAAGUGGCAGCAGUCGAUGCUGGAGCCAGGGGCAGAGGCACCGGCUGAGGCGAUGGACCCUGGGCUGCCAGGUAACACGGAGCCUCAGGCAGCUCCAGCCGCCACCAAGAAGAGAAAGAAGGAAAGGGGGCCCUUAGUGACAGAGCCGGGGAGUGAGGUGACCGGCCCCCCAGGGGUGCAUGAUGAAGCCCAGCCUGAGCCCCAGGAAACUCCUGCCUCCACCAAGAAGAGAAAGAAAGAAAGGGGGCCCUUAGUGACAGAGCCAGGGAGUGAGGUGACCGGCCCCCCAGGGGUGCAUGAUGAAGCCCAGCCUGAGCCCCAGGAAACUCCUGCCUCCACCAAGAAGAGAAAGAAGGAAAGGGGGUCCUUAGUGACAGAGCCGGGGAGUGAGGUGACCGGCCCCCCAGGGGUGCAUGAUGAAGCCGAACCUGAGCCCCAGGAAACUCCUGCCUCCACCAAGAAGAGAAAGAAGGAAAGGGGGCCCUUAGUGACAGAGCCGGGGAGUGAGGUGACCGGCCCCCCAGGGGUGCAUGAUGAAGCCGAGCCUGAGCCCCAGGAAACUCCUGCCUCCACCAAGAAGAGAAAGAAGGAAAGGGGGCCCUUAGUGACAGAGCCAGGGAGUGAGGUGACCGGCCCCCCAGGGGUGCAUGAUGAAGCUGAGACUGAGCCCCAGGAAACUCCUGCCUCCACCAAGAAGAGGCGGGACUCGGAGAGUGGGGGGCUGCAUCAGGAUGCUUUGCUCCUGAAUGUGGAUCCUGGGGAGGGGGCCGUGGGAAAGCGGCAGAAGAAGCGGAAGAAACACCUGCAGCAGGACCCUGUCUAG